AUGACUAUAUCAUGGGAAACAAGUUUGAUAAGAAAGACCCAACGAAUUUUGACAUAUACUACAAACUAUUGCCAGAAGGAACCAGCUGCAACAGAUGCUGUUCACGGAGAAUAUUCCCCUCGAGUGACACCUCUUCCAUGUGACAGCGUGGCCUCGAUCUCUAGCUAUGGCAUAGAGUACGUCGUUUGCCACUUCCAGUCAAACCCUGCCUUUUCCCUCCCGAUCAUCAUCUCCAACACAAUGCAGAAUUUUUCGAAACAAGACAGAAAACGCGCCCAAGACAGAGCCGCCCAGCGAGCAUCAAGGACCCGUAUCAAGGAUUGGCUGGCCCGUCUGGAGUUUCAGAUCGCCCAGCUCCAGGGCGGCGCUGACCAGGCCCUGCUGAAGGAAGUGAAUUGCUUGCGACAGGAACGGUCACAGCUGCGGACCUUGACUGAUCAGUUCCUGAACGUCGCCGGCGCUGUGCACAUCACUCUGGACCCCAUGGACGACGGCCUUGGCGUCUUGUCGCGCCAGUCGCGCAAUCCACGGCCAAAUCUCCUCAGUAACAUUAUUCAAGACUUAGCCGACAAGGAGAAACUGGUCCAGCGCCUCAUGGCCAAUCUUCAUCGCAGCCUCAUACUCGAGCGACCCUUGGUUCGCCUUAUUGACCAGCUUGCUAUUCUAUAUUUGGCGCAGAUGUCACUGUUGCCGGACGUCGUGAGUUACGACACCAAGCCUUGCAAUGACUUUGCGACGGCCAUCCUCCGUAACCUGCUUUUCGUGCCCGAAAUCAACUUCGAGGACGCUUACAUUGUCGAUGCAGACCAUCGACUAACUUUAAGUCCGCGAUUCAGCCAGCUAUUCUCUCCCGGGGCCCCUAUGCCGCCGUUUGCCGUGAAAACGGUGAACACGGCCUUUUUAGGUCAGUAUCCGGCCUUGCGUGAACUCGUUCCCGAGUGGCAAGCGCAUGAUCAUGUUUCCCAACCCCACAAAUUUCGCCCCAAGGGAUCCCAAAAUAUCACCGCACUGCCUAACCAGUCCCGCCCCAGCGGCUCCAGCGCCGGCGACGACCAGCAGAGACUCGAGAGACUCGGCCAUGCCAGCCCUGGACUGCUGGAGGGCAAGCCCUCCGUGGACGCGACACAGAACGUGUCCGCCGGCACCCAUCGUGAAUCGCCGCUUCUCAAGUGGGCGAUGUGUCCCUUUCAUCCUCGAUGGCUCUUCCACCGGCGUCCCCCAGACACACUCGCAGCUGGAUAG